AGAUAUGCAACAAAUACUCCCACUAAUUGUAAUACUACCAGUAGUCAUAUUAUAGUAAAUAUUAUAUUACAAAAACAAAAUACACAUGCCACCGGGCAGACAGAGCAAUAAGCAGAGAGGGACAGGGUGAGCAUCUUCCCACACACCACACGACAGUCGGUACCCGCGCCUGCGGGAGAAUUGGGAAGUGCCAAGCAAAGCAAGCACAGCAUCCCUCCCUCUACUCACCUCCACUCACUCAAACAUUUCAACCGCCCUUUCUUUUUUUAAUCUUUUCACACCAAAGUUGACAAUUUAAGGGGGAAAAAAAAAACACCAAACUUCUCCUGUUUCCCCAAAACCCUAAUACUGAUUCUGCCAUCGAUUCCUCCUCUCUAAAUUUCCUCACUUUAUUGUACUUUCAAAAUCAUCCUCAGUCGAUCGUGCUUUGCUGCCGAAAAAGUUAAACGAGAAUCGGAGCCCUAAAUUUUUUGAAGCUCUGCUACUGCGGUUAGAUUUUCAAGGUUGAAAUAAAGUGCUUAGCAAAGAAGGUAUUCUGCAGUGUGCACUAUCCAUUAGCUCUCCUUACAUAAUCACUUGAUGAUCAUUGGAAAAUGUGUUCAGCUAGGUUGGAUGAUGAGCUGGCAAUGAGAUGCUUGUGAGACACGUGGUUACUUUCCAAAUGCUUUGAUCUCUGUCUCUCUUUUUGUCAGGACAUUGAGAUGGGUUCUUGCUGCUCAUCCAUAGCCAAAGGAAAAAGUGGCAGCAAAAGGGAUGACCAAGUGAUAGAUGCAUCCACGGCUAUAACAACAACAUGCGCUUCAGCCAAGAAGCAGAAGCAAAGGCAUGGGUCAGGGAGGUGGAGGAAGAUAUCAAGUGGGUUAGUGCCCAUGGAUGAGGCAGAGCUCCAUCGAAUAUCAGGGAGGAUGUUUCUGAAUGGUGCCAGCAAUGUUGCAUGCUUGUAUACCCAACAGGGGAAGAAAGGGACCAAUCAGGAUGCCAUGCUUGUUUGGGAGAAUUUCAGUUCGAGAAGUGACACAAUAUUCUGUGGUGUAUUUGAUGGUCAUGGUCCUUAUGGCCACAUGGUUGCCAAGCAAGUCCGAGAUUCUCUUCCUAUUAUUUUGUGUACCAAAUGGAAAGGUAGUCUUGCUGGUGAUCAGAACAGUCUCAAUAAGGGCGAAAAUACUCCUGAAAGCACUAUCUCUGAGGAUACUGGAUCUUUGAGCAUGGAUGAUGAAUGCUGUGAGUCAUUAGAGAUUGAAGAAAAUGAACAACGCCCAGAGAUGUAUUUACCUCUUAAACAGUCUAUGUUAAAAGCUUUCAAGUUAACGGAUAAGGAAUUAAAGUUGCAUUCAACAAUUGAUUGUUUCUGCAGUGGGACAACUGCUGUUACUUUGGUUAAGCAGGGUCAGGAUCUUGUAAUUGGAAAUGUUGGUGACUCAAGAGCAGUGCUGGCAGUGAGAGACAAAGAUAAUUCUCUGAUUGCUAUACAAUUGACUGUUGACUUGAAGCCUGAUUUGCCAAAGGAAGCUGCUAGAAUUCAGCAAUGCAAGGGAAGGGUCUUUGCCUUACAAGAUGAGCCUGAGGUUGCACGUGUAUGGUUGCCCAAUAGUGACUCACCUGGUUUGGCAAUGGCUAGAGCUUUUGGGGACUUUUGUCUGAAGGAUUUUGGUUUGACUUCCGUACCAGAUGUUUUCUACCGCCGUCUUACUGAAAGAGAUGAAUUUGUUAUUCUUGCCACUGAUGGGGUUUGGGAUGUCCUUUCAAAUAAGGAAGCCAUCGAUAUUGUAGCAUCAGCGCCUAGUCGCACAACAGCUGCCAGAGCACUUGUAGAUUGUGCUACUCGUGCAUGGAGGCUUAAGUACCCUACUUCUAAGAAUGACGAUUGUGCUGUUGUAUGCCUCUUUCUGGAAUGUUUGCCUGCAAGUAAUGGAGCUAUGGAAGAGAAUGACGUAACAAGGAUUUCUAAGGAAUCUGGAGAAAGGAUGGUGGCUACUGAUGAUAACAAGGGAGUUUCUCAUGCUUUAAGUCUUGACCAAUCUGGCACAUUUCAAGGUUCUACUGAGAUUGUUCCUGUAACUGAACCGACAGAGGAAAAGUUGUCUUCGAAGUUCCCAGGCCAGUCUAAGAGGAGUCUUGCUGAGUGCAUCUCAGUUGCUGAUGAUGAAGAGUGGUCAGCCUUAGAUGGAAUUACUAGGGUUAAUAGUUUAUUAAGCCUUCCCCGGUUUCUAUCUGGUGAUAAAGGAUCAACUAGUCGGAGAAAGUGGUUUUGAAAACUUACUGCGCAAUCAUUUGGUAAGGCAAACAUUCUCACGGUGUGGAUUUAGUAGCGAGAGGAAUCUAUGGUUUUGGAGUCCACGGAUGUAGAUGAUGACUCUCAUUACCUCUUAUGUGGGGUAGGAAUUCUACUUUGAGAUCUCACUGGCACGGAGUUUUAAUCAUAAACAAUAUUUGUUGUUUGGUGAAUUUAAAUCUUAUUGCUGUUGUAUGAAGUGUUUCUUUCCCCUGUACUUCGUGAAGUUCAAAUCAUUUAACACCCUUUUUGUUGCUGUGUUGUUAAUCUGUUGAGGGAUUUUUACCUGGCCAAUAGACACAUAUUGUUCAGCAACGGUAGAUUGAUUGAAAAGGUGAAAACUGUAGUUUUACUUGGAUGUAUUCACGAUGGACAAAAUAGAUUCGGGCUCAGGUUUAUCUUUAAUAUUAAUAAUUUAUAUGUUUGUUCAAGUUUGAUUUUGCU